GACCUUGAACAAAGUACUCGUAGCAUUUUCAUGAGGAGAUCAAUGUUAUUAUUCUAGUUUUUCUCUUUGUCUUCAUAUCUUGUUCUCUCCUUCGUUUUGCCCCCUGCACAAGCCGAAGAACUCUGCUGUUCCUCUGAUUCCCCCACCAUCACCACAGCUCCUACGAGCGUCGUCAGCACAUUUCCCUCCAAGAAUCACCAGAUCCUGGGCUCGGCGUGCAUUCUCCGACACUCGCCGCUUCUAUCCUCUCCCGUGGCCGUUCCAGCUCGACCGGUUGAACGCCUGUCACUGUCGUCUGGCGAGGAAGCCUUCGGAGCCGAAGCUCAGUCUGAUCGAGGCUUUUCGCGGAAGCUCAAGAGACGGACACAUUAGUCACUGGCAGUUGGGCACAUCCGAGUGCCAGACGUGGUGAACAUGGUGCACUACUGAUCCUAUUUGGUAAAGCGUUUUUGAAGUACACUGGGGUUAUCUGCAUACCCAGGUGAGACCUUGUUGUCGGAUGGUUGUCAGAGGCCAAGCAACCAAACAUGGCGGACAAACGUAGGAGGAAGAGCCUCAGCAUAUUCCGGCAGAAGGCCGACCAUGGCGUGGCGCCUUUAAAUGUCCCCUCCAGCCCUACAGAGAAGAAAUCUGCAGACUAUUUGCCGAGUCCUGUCGACUCGGAACAUUCAAGUCCAAAGGCCCGACCUAGGACCUUGCAGAAAAACCGCAGUUCAGUCUUCGGAUCUUUGCGAUCGCUACAUUCACUCGACGAGGAAGAGAAGAUCCUUCUGACCAGAUCCGACUCGAAAGCUUCUUCUCUCCACGAUGAGGCCGAGGUUCAGAUGAAGGGACUCUUGGGUGAGAAGGUUCUGCAGUACGGAGAAGUGCAAGCUGCUGGCACAAAUGUCUUUCGGAAGAAGAUCCAGUUCAUGGUACUCACCGAAUCACAUCUGAUACGAUUCAGGAACCAGGCUAAAGCCGUGGAAAUGUUUCCAUCCAUUCCCAGCAACCUCAGCAAAGGUCACAAUCGUCGGUCGUCCUCGGUGGGUUCCGUCCCGGAACUCCAGAUGUCGGCAUAUACAGAUAUCACUUCUGGUGUUCCGUUGAACCAGGUUGUUGCUGCAUACAGUACGGACGAUGGUCGCCCAUUUGUCACAGUGGAUGUUGCAUAUCUUGAUGAACGGACAAGGAAAGCGUCUGUGAUGCAGCUCCAGGUCAACGAUCUUCGAGAGGCUAAUUUAUGGGUUUCGGCCAUUCGUUCCGCAACUCUUCAAGCCGUUUCAUCAUUACCGAAGAUCCAAGACAGUACCUUGGAGCAUCUGGCGCGUGUUGUUGAACGCGAAAGAGACUAUGACCCCAAUCAUUUUCAUGUAUUCAAGGUGGUCCAACGCUCAGUCAAUAGGUCGGUAGGCCGAGCUUCAGCUGAAGAUUUGACUAGGCUUGGGUCGGCCAUCUUGUAUCUUGUUCUUGGCCUCUAUAAAGUUCAUCUGGUACCGCUCUAUCGACCGUCGACAAGGUCCUCGAGUGCUUCUCUCAGCGACAUGGACAGCGUGACCUCCUUCGCCAUCGUGAACCUGGCUAUGGUAUCGGUGCAGGCUACAGAAGAUGCAUUUCAACUACUGUUCAAACCACCGACGGGACAACCAAACAGUCUUCGUCUAGCAUCGAACGCCGCAGGGGAGAUUGCACUUCGCUUACAGUUUGCGUCCGAAUUCCUUCGACCGCAAUGGCUUAGGCAGCCGUAUCUAUGUGAGAUGCCGGCCGAGCUUGAUGAUCAAUUGGAUCCGCCUGAUUACCCUAACGAAGAGCAUGAUUGCUUCGACCGCACACUAAUUGCAUAUUGCGCCGGGUAUGAUGUUGACACGUCUCGAAUCUGCUAUUCCGUGGACUACGACUGUGAAGAUGCGCCCUGUUUUCAGCUCAUGGCUCCCUCGACGGGUACUACUUAUUCGGCUCUCGAGUUGCUCGCAGUACUUCGAGCACUUCGAUACAAUGAGUCGUUCUCAUCGAUAUCGUUCUCACAUAUUGACCUCGGUCCUCUCCGGAACUUGUACGACACGUUCGGAGCGGACUUGGAUAGUCUUUACACUCGAUCUGGCAAUCCCACCAAUCUUGCAGGCCAUCAAGAUCUGCCCGUGCUAUGUCAAGAGAUCCGAGCUCUAGCUCUAAAGAGCCGACGAUUGAGACGCCUGGACUUUUCCUAUACUAUGCCACAUAAGUUGCUUGCAGAUCAUGAGCCACUUCCGGAAUGUGGCAUCAUGGAAGCACUUGCUCCUUUGUGCAAACGAUCCCUCACCAACGUUGACUGGAUAAUCCUCACAGGAAUUCGCCUCACCGAAACCGACCUAAACUUCUUGGUCGACGCCGCAAUAGAGAGACGGUGCCACUUCCGUGCAUUGGAAAUUGGCGAGUGUGGGUUAUCUGUUCACGAUAUCGAUGUGCUUCUAUCUGCGUUGGCUGUACAAGAGAGCACAAUGGAAGUCAUCGACAUCUCAGGAGCACAAGGUCGUUUCAGCCCCGAAGUAUUUCAACGUGAAAUUGGUGCAUUCAGCCAUAUUCGACGUUUGAACCUCACCCGGGUGCAGAAAACGGCCGGACCCGAGCCUCUGGUAGCCCCUGAAGCGCUCUACGCCUGGAAGCUGGAAGCUCUCUAUUUGUCACAAACGACGCUGAACGAGCAAACGGUGGACUCGAUCUCGACCUAUCUUGCCACUCCUAAAUCGGAUAUUCUCCGUGAGCUGCACGUCAACCAGUGUGGUCUGACGGGUCGGGACCUUGCCACAUUCUUUCAAUCAAUGACAAGAGACGGCAAUCAGCCACGCAUCAUGCACGUCAGUGCCAAUGAAAAUCGCUUGAAGACGGGCAACACAAUCCUUUUCAAGACAAUUGCUCAAAGUUAUGGACCUUCAUCCCUGAGUAUGAGAAUGAUGGACUUCGAAAAAGAGAGUCAUUUUCGAGAACUCGUCAAAGCUCUGACAAUCAAUACAACUCUACAAAGCCUUGACAUAUCACGCGCGUCUCUUCCGUACGAUGCUAGUGUGGAGACCUGUGAGGCUCUGAAGGAGAUGUUUGCUAGAAAUCAAACGUUGGAAGAACUCGAUAUCAGUGGCGAACACGCUCAUUUGGACGCGACAAGAUUUGGCAUUGGACUUAACAUUGCCCUGAGAGGACUGGCGACAAACAAAACACUCAAGGUGCUCCGAAUUGAGUAUCAGAGUCUGGGCUUACAAGGUGCAAAUACUCUGGCCGAAGUUUUGCAGAAGAACGAUACCUUGGUGGAGAUCCAUUGUGAACACAACGACAUCAAUCUUCAGUCCUUUACCUCACUCGUCAAUGCUAUAGAACACAACCAUACCUUACUGUACAUGUCGUCCAUGGACAACGAUCGGGCCAAGUCCAUUGCGAAAGUUCAACGAGAGAUUGACACGAUGGAACGCGAGGAUAGCCCCAAACAUCUCAAGACUUCAGGUACUCUUAAGAAGACCCUCACAGGGUUUGGUGCCAAGGGUCAUCGGCAUGGCCAUCGCCAUAGUAGUUCUCAAUCCUCUACUGCAUCCUUUUCUGACCAGGACGUGGCGGCCGCUAUGGCUACGCUGGAAGAGAAGUGGAAUGCCCAGGUUGCCCGACUUCGGAGUUACCUGUUUCGUAAUUAUUGUUAUUCACAAGGGAUUCCCUGGGAGGACGAAGCAGUGGCCGGGCAAAGCAAUCGGACUUCCACUGUGGUGGGAGAUUCCAUGGCCCAGAUUUUGCAACGAGUGCAUUUGGACCAAACGCCUACCAAAGAUAAUCCGUUCACUCCGGACUAUUUUCACGAAAAGUUCGGAGAACACAAUCACUCCAUCUUUCAGCUUCCCGAGGACUGAGGAGCAGGGGAGAGUAUGAGUCAAGGGUGGCGGCUAUCUGUUUUUCUUGCUCAUUAUUUAUGAUACCCAUGUCUUUCUUUGGAGAACCAGAACAAGCAGGAAUUAGUCUUUAAUUUUUGUUUGGAUGAGCAUGGCAUGCGUGUUGGGAUACCUCGGGCAUGUCGUGAGGCGUUGGAAUAUCUGAUCAGUUGGAUUAGUCAUAUACAAAGCCUACAUACGCACGCACGGAGAGUAAUGAAGAUGAAAUUCACGAUGCAAUAUGAACAUGACCGCGCAAGAUUUCUUGGUACCUGUUACCGUAUUAUGUUGUCAGCCCCUCAGCCUCAGUCUUCAGCUGGAGACCUUGGGGGAGGCAUACGUACUUUGUAUUACGCCCACUAGAGGCAAAACCAUGGAGACAGGUUAGGAUGUAUCUUGCGAAGGCAAAUGACGCCUUGCAUGCGCAGUCCGUAAAGGCCCGCAGCCCAUGUGGACCGGACGAGGUUGAUCAUUGAAUCACAUGGGGCCGGCAAAACAGACAGAUGGAU